UAUGAAUGGACGACGUAUAUGAAUGAUUUUUCUUACUGCUCAUUACCAUUACUGUCAGCCGUCAGUAUUGGCAGUGAAAUAUAAUGGUUAUAUGUCACCUAACGAUGCUGUGAUAAGCGUAGCGGUUAUAUCUUGCAAUUAUUUGGAUUUUAUUCAAUCUGGAGCCGACCGAGAUGGGCUUGCUUACAGAUCCUAGAGCUGGAACAGGAAAACUCAUAAAAUUAAUGUUAAAAUGGGAGAAACCCUUGUGCUUCAUAUUAUACGUAGGAGGAAUUAUAUGGCUAAUGCUUUUGGCGUUACCGGCAUUUAACGAUAAUACCUAUUUUUCCGAAAAUGCAUUGCUGCCUGGAUUAGUUACGAAAGAAAGUAAUCUGGAACAAACGUCGAAGCAAUACUAUCAUGAAUUAAUUCACGAAAUGAAGAGAUAUCCAGAUAGUAUGCCUUAUGCAUGGCUUUCUGCAAAAUUCAGUCAGCUUCAUUUGGAUGUAUUUGUACAUAAUUUCUCCUUGAUUUAUCCAUUCCAAGAACAAAAGUUUGUAGGACAAAAUAUCUAUGGUAUUGUUAGAGCUCCACGGGCAUCUAGUACUGAAGCUAUUGUAGUCAGUGUUCCAUAUAGACCUAUUAACAGUAUUUAUCUAGACACUACACCUUCGGUAGCACUGUUACUUGCAUUUGCAAAAUUUUGCAGAAAACAAAAAUAUUGGGCAAAGGAUAUAAUAUUUCUUGUGACAGAACAUGAGCAAUUGGGUAUGCAGGCAUGGCUAGAUGCAUAUCAUGGAGUUACUAGUGGCCAAGAGGGUAUCUUGAUAGCAGGAGACUUAUCUGGAAGAGCUGGAUCUAUUCAAGCCGCUAUCAAUUUGGAAUUUCAUGCAAUGAAAAUUACAUCAAUUGAUGUCAAGAUAGAAGGACUGAAUGGACAACUACCCAAUUUAGAUCUUUUUAAUUUAGCACAAAAUAUGAUAGCUAAGGAAGGAAUUCGACAAUCUUUCCAACGUCGAUUUGAUGUUAAUUAUAGAGAUAAAUUGAAAAGUUGGGAAUAUCAUUUUAAUACACUAAUGAGUAUGGUAGUAACACAAGCAACUGGGAUUCCAACUGGUAAUCAUGGACUUUUCCACAGAUUUGGUAUAGAAGCUAUUACAUUAGAAGGUUUUCAAAAAUCUGGCAGAGAGACGGAAGCAAAUUUUUAUCAAGUAGGACGCGUAGUGGAAAGUAUAGUGCGAUCACUGAAUAAUUUACUAGAACGUUUUCAUCAAUCAUAUUUCUUCUAUCUAUUGCCUUCCACUGAUCGGUAUAUUUCUAUUGGAUUAUACAUGCGGCCUUUGGUGCUGAUAAUCGCUGGUGUAUUUAUAAAGGCAUUUUCUAUUUGGCAAAGACUGCAAACAUCAAACAACGAGAAAAAGAACAAAAUUGAAGAAUUUGAUAUUGGAAGUGUUGCUUCUGAAGUGUUGUGGGCACACAUAUUUGGAGUAUUAAUAAUGGCUUCUCCUCGAUUUUUUGCUUUAAUUGGAUCACGAAUGUUUCACCUACGUACAGAGGAUUCAUUAUAUGCCAGUUUCGCUCUUAUUACGAUUUUCACAUUAUUGCGACGCUUUUAUUUGAGAAGAUCGAUCAAAUACGAGAAUAUAUCGCUUGUUUGCGUUAUCGCAUCGAUCGAACUGGCCACUGCAUUAAUGUGCAUAGCUAUGCAUAAUUUUUCAUUAGCAUUAUUAACGGCCAUCGUAUAUGUACCAGUUAUAUUAUUAAUAACACCGCAUCACAAAUCUGCGUCCAGAUUACGAAGCUGCCAAUACAUCGCAUGGAUUAUACUACAUCCGUUCAUCGCGUCGGCGAUGGUUGUGAUGGGUUAUACGUAUUUCAAUUUUCCUACCGAUUCUGUCGUAUCUCUGCUUCUCAGAGGCUAUCGCGCUAACAAGCAAGCGCUCGUAUUCAGUAUUGUAGACUCUAUGAUAUAUGGCAACUGGUUCUACAACGUUACUACCGCUGUUAUGUUACCGAUAUGGUUGUUGUUUUGGAAUGUUAUGCGUUCCAGCGCCGAAGUACCCUCAUAAUAAAAUGAUUGCAUAAUUUA